CACCUCGAGUCACGUGACCUUCCCAGCGCAACCCGCUCCCGGAAGUGCCGCGGGAACAGGAUGCUGAUGUUGGAGUAAACAUGGCGGCCCGCGGCCUUCCCGCCGCUCUUCCUGUGGCGGUGCUGGCGUUGCUGUGCGCGGGUCCGGCCGGAGCCCGCGUCCAUCACCUCACCCUCAAAGAUGAUGUGAGGCAGAAAGUGCACCUGAAUACAUUUGGCUUCUUCAAGAAUGGUUUCAUGAAAGUCAAUGUGAGCAGCCUUUCACUGAAGCCACCUGUGGAUGCUGAUGACAAGAGCAGCUCAUCAGUGGGGUUCAGUCUGGAUCGAACAAGGAAUGAUGGGUUCUCCACUUAUCUGGAUGAAGAAGUGGAUUACUGUAUUUUGAAUAAGAAACCUGAGCAAGGUGUUUCUGUUGUAAUCUUACUUCUGGACUUCAAAAACGAUGUUGUGAAGGUACGGUUCUCUGCAGAAGCUUCUCACCUGCUGCCUAGAAUUUCAUUUGUGUCUGAAGAAAAUGCCACUGCCUUGAUUACCAAGCCACCAAAUUCUUCUGAAGAUAAAAGUGAUUCCAAUAAAAGUCCGACAGAAACUAACAAAAAUACAGAUGGCAAAGAUACGAAGUCCAAACGAAGUACAACAUCCUCUCAGAACAUAGUAGAACAAGAGCAUCCUGUUCACAACGACAAAGGAACUAUCUCAUUCCAGUUUUUCUUUAACAUCAGUUCUGAUAACCAAGAAGGUCUCUACAGCCUGUAUUUCCAUAAAUGUAUUGGCAGUGAUGGGAAACCUCGUGAUCAGCAGCUAUUUAGUCUUGAUAUAGAAAUUACGGAGAAGAACCCUGAAAGUUACCUCUCAGCAGGUGAGAUCCCGCUGCCAAAACUUUACAUCUCCAUGGCACUCUUCUUUUUCCUGUCUGGCACUGUGUGGAUCCACAUACUUCGUAAACGCCGAAAUGACGUCUUUAAGAUUCACUGGCUAAUGGCAGCCCUCCCUUUCACAAAAUCGCUGUCCUUAGUCUUCCAUGCAAUCGACUACCACUACAUCUCUUCUCAGGGAUUUCCUAUUGAAGGCUGGGCUGUUGUCUAUUACAUCACUCACCUAUUUAAGGGUGCUCUUCUAUUCAUCACUAUUGCCCUCAUUGGAACAGGCUGGGCUUUCAUUAAACACAUCCUUUCAGAUAAAGACAAAAAAAUUUUCAUGAUUGUCAUCCCGCUUCAGGUGCUAGCAAAUGUGGCAUACAUUAUUAUAGAGUCAACAGAAGAGGGAACAACCGAAUAUGGACUAUGGAAAGAAAUCCUUUUCCUGGUAGACUUGCUGUGUUGUGGUGCCAUCUUAUUUCCAGUGGUAUGGUCAAUAAGACAUUUACAGGAGGCUUCAGCAACAGAUGGAAAAGCUGCCAUUAACCUAGCAAAGCUGAAGCUUUUCAGGCAUUACUAUGUAAUGAUUGUGUGUUACAUUUACUUCACACAAAUCAUUGCAAUUCUCAUAAAGAUUGCUGUUCCAUUCCAGUGGAAAUGGCUGUACCAGCUGCUGAAUGAAAUGGCCACGCUGGUGUUCUUUGUCCUCACUGGGUACAAGUUCCGUCCAGCAUCAGAUAACCCUUACCUGCAGCUUUCUCAAGAUGAUGAGGAUGAUUUGGAGAUGGAAGCUGUGGUGACAACUUCUGGAGUAAUGGAGGGCAUGAAGAAGGUCAAGAAAGUGGUGAAUGGUUCAGCAGAGCCACGGGGAGAGUGGGAAAGCACAGCAUGAUGAACUGGACUAAGGCAGCACUUUCACAGAAACUUUUUUAAUUUAUUAAUAUUACUUUCAGUGGAAAGGGAGCAUUUAGCACUUCCCAACACUGAAACUGCAGAGUGGGGUGUGUCAAGGGGGAGCAAAGCAGUGCAGAAAUCUAACUAUUCCUCUGAUCAUAAAAGAAAAAAAAAGACAUCUCUUGGUACCUGCAAGGAGUGUGAAGCUUUCUUAGGGGUUUUGGGCAGCUUAUUCUUUUUUCCCCUUUCUGGAUCAGUUUGGUAUUCUGAAUUAUUCGCAGUUGCAUUCUUCAGAAUGUGCAAGUCUAAUGUGAAGAGAGACCUUCAGUGUGUAUGUAAAAAGUAUAUAUUUUAUAUAAUGCGCAUAUAUAUACACACAUGCUAAGUAACACGUAUGCUGGGAAAUGCAAUGUGUCACAGGAGGUGGGGAAAAGAAGAUGAGAUGUAAGUAUUCUUUUUAUAUAAACUCUCCUUUUGGCUUGGACAAAAUAUUGCGAAGCAAAUGAGUUGAAACAACUGCAGUUAUUUAAGUGGGCUAUUGGAUCAGGUGACUUCCUCCAGCCUUCACAUCAGUUGGAACGUUGAUAAGUGUCUUGUCUAAUUUGUGCAGGCUUUUACUUGAAUAUGUCAGGUUUUCAAAUGUAUUGCUACGUAGGAAGCAAGCGACUGUUUUCCAUUAAAAGCACUAACUUGUAGCACAAUAAGUGUUAAUGUAGAUUCUCCACUGCUAAUAGGAUUCCCUUGAUUCGCACCCACCUGACAAGAAAUACACAAGGUGUAGGACUGUUGCCUACUUUUUAGGGAUCUGCCGUGCUAUCUUAAACAUGGAAUUUCAAGCCAUGACCCAGAGUACUUUGUUCUACAUUCUAAAAUACUUCCAAGGUUUUUCAGAAGAUACUCCCUGGUACAGUGUAAGAGUACCAGAAUCUCCAAUGGAAAUCAAACCAGCAAAUGUACUGUGGCGUAAAUCUCUGAUUCUCCAUUGUCCUGAGUUGUUCUGCCUCUCUGGAUGGCUACAUAUACCUCCCAGUCUGUGUAGAACAGUGGCACUGCUCUUUGAGAUGAGCUGCACUGGUCGGAAUGGUAUUGCUGUCAAAACCAGGCAACUGUAACUGCCAGUCAUAAGUGGUUUUUAUUUUUGUUUUCAGAAAAGGAGUAAAUUAUGGCUGGAAUACACAAGUCUUAACUAUCAACUGCAAGUCUGCAGUGUGAUCUUUAGAGUCAUAUUACAAAUGCUAUGUGUGUUUCAUCUCUAGAGUUCUGGUAUUGCUAGAAAGGCACAUUGGUGCUUGUAGCUGUAGUAGUGAGGCAUUGUUAGUUUGUAGGAGGAUAGAAGUGGUUCACUGGUGUAACAAGGAUGAGUUCUAAGAAAAAUAAAUCGAGUAUAACUCAUUGACCCAAUGAAGCCUUAAUCUUCAUGUAGAGCUGCUAAGAUGUACCUGUUGAGCAAAGUGCUCCUGUCAGUAACAGGGAUAGGCAUCUUCACAGAGCUUCAGGUGUGCCAAUAUCUCUUAAACUCAUUUGGGAAUUUGCUUUUUUCUUUUUCUCUUUUGACUUGAAGGGACUGCAUUUCUGGGGGCAUAACUGAUGGAAGGACUUCCAUGACUGCUUUUUCUCAUUCUUUAACUUAAGAAGAGAGCGGGAUUUUUAUUUUGUGGAGUUGCUGUUUUGUUUGUUGAAAUGGUGAACCACUUCUUCCUUAGUCUUCAUUGUGGGUUGUAGAGCUUUUAGCCAGAAGUCUGUACCAAGACUGUUUUUCCUGACUGCAACUUCUUUUUCCUGGUCUUCAUUUUAUUCAUUGUGGAAGUAGUAGAAAUUAAUCUACCUGCUUUGAUACCUGGAACUGUUUUCUCUUCAGAUAAAGCAUAAGAAUAACCCUCUUAUCUUGUGCAGAGUCCUCUAUUUUCCUCCUUGGCUUGUAACUACACAAUAAUUACAGCAGUGAUGGUUUGGCUUUUGCUGUCACUGUUUUGCAAAGAUACAGUUCAAGUGAAAACAGAGCCUGUGCCACAAGAAAGGCUGUUACAUGAUCAGUGAGCCUUCUAGACCUUCUGUAUGAAAAGUUCUUUUGCAUAUUUCGUAGCUGAGACUUGAGAAACUGAACUAGAAACAAACAGAGGCAGCCCUAGCACAUCAUAUGGUUAAAUACCUGAAAAUUGGAUCCUCUCAUUCUUUGCACAGUUGCUCUGUCCCUGGGGAAGGAUCACUGUCUAUAUCCAGAGGGCUGCUGAGACAGACUGUGAGCCUUGUUCAGAGUUGUCUGCUGGAGUGAUAGGGUCAGUUGGCACAGAGGGAUGUAAGAGAUGAGCAUUUACUAUCAGGAGCAGGAGUGCAAUAAUGCAUUGUUGAUGUGGACAUGAUGAUGUCUUGGAACCUGGGUUAAUGUAAUUUCUGAAUUAAACUGGAAAUUUCUGAAUGAAAUUGGAAAUUCUAAUGGGUGUGGCAUUUCACUUCCAAAAUGUUUGUGGCUGUGCUGGGGUCCUGGUGUGUGCUGAGCUGGUUCAGACAGCUGGCUCUUUGUACUUCAUCAUCAGUGAAUCACUGAUAGAACAAAUGCUUUUACCUUCAGCUCUGGUUUCUUUUUUUUUUGUUUGCUUUUUUGCUCGAGUUGCAUCAAGUGUAGUUAUAUCCAUCAACACCCUGCUUUCCUAGUCAGAGGCCAAAAAAUCAGUGACUUCUUUUUGUCUUGGCACAAAAGCUGAUGAUAGCCCUCUGAAAGUGUUCUUAGAAGAGCUGGUUCCAAGUUCAGACCCAAGCCUUAGCAGUUAGCUGUACAAUCAGCUUCAGCUGGGAUUCUGGCCAGCACUACAGCAGUGACUAGUCAGUCCUGUUCGUUAACAAGGAAACAAAACAUGGGUGAGCAAGUCAAAAAACAGUGAUACAUCUUCUUAGUGCAGCCAUUUCCAAAGUGAAUUUCCACUUUUCAGUGUGGAAUUCCUCAAAGCAGGUUGAAAAAAUCUGUCCCUGUAGUGUUGCAUGAUUAGACAGUGGCUGGGAUGUUGGAGGAUAGAGAGAGCAUCUGCAGCUGUGCUUUGUGCACAGCAUGGAGUGUGCUGUGCCACAAAGCAUCACAAGGAGGGCUGCUCCCUCCCCUUUCCUCCCAGAGCAAGCCCACAUCUGCAUGACUUCCCAUUGCUGGUGAAAAGCAGCAGCUUAGGAGCUCACUAGGCAGGAUAAUCACAGUGCUCACCUCUCAGAUGCCAAGUGAGCCUGUCUGCUGGGAAGCGCUGCCCUUUACAGGCUGGGGAAAUAGAAGAGCUGCUCAUGGCUGUAUAGAUCAUCCUGGGAUAGAGCCUUACUUUCCUAUCUGCCUCUUACUGAAGUGAACAGCCAAAGCAGUUGCUGAGUAUACAGCAGUGUAGCUGACAGGGGCCCUGGGCAGGGACCCCUGCUGCAAUUCUGAAUAAAUGGUUGUGAAUGCAUUCACACGCAUUGCUGCUAUGGAAUACUCAGCAUCCUCCACAGAGAGGAACAAGACUGGUUCACUCUUGAGUUGUAAUGCAGCUUAUGCCCCAGUAAAUCCCUAUUGAUGGUGACAUGCAGAUGCCUCUAUGCAUUCCUCCUUCCUGCUCUGACUUUUAAGCAAGCUGUCUUCCAUAGGAAACCUCCUUGCAGCACAGCUGCCAGGCUCUUGCAUUCUUCAGGCUUGAAAAUAUUUUCCUUGAUGUUCAUCAAGAGAAGUAUUAAAAGAAAGGAAGACAUAAUGGGGUCAUCUGGAACGUUGCUACUGUUUCCUCAAAACAUAGCAGUUCUGGUUGAAGAAGCCACAUGCUGUCCUAUUAAGCUGCUCUUUAAUGUUGUCAUCUAACUCAGCGUGUCAUGGUCUGUACAGCACAUUGUUCAGCGUUUCUCUCCAGCUGAGUGCCCUGUUCCUGGAUUUCCACGCUGCCAUACCCUGGGAGCACGUUGUAAAAAUUUGCUGCAUUGCAGUAUUUUGUCUUGGAGCUUGUAGUGUGGAAGAUGUAUUUUUCUAAGCUAGGUGGUGGACUCUCUGUAGCAUGAGUGUGCAUCCACCUUGUGUUGCUAAGUACUGUAACAGUCCUUCUGGACAUAAAGGGGACGUGUCCUAAUCACUCCAGCAUGCACUGGAGUCCAAUGGAAGACUCAAAAUGUGUUAACACUUCUUAUUCCUUAUGGUACACUUCUCUUAAAGAGGAGAAAUGCAGGCUGAACAGCGGCAAACAAAUGGACAAGGUGUGUGUCUGUUUGAAAAUUGCCCAGCUGCAUUAGAAGCAAAUACUGGGUAUUUGUAGGUUCUGUUGAGCUCUAUGAGAACUGAAGUUGCAUAGCUGUUACAAAAUCAGGUAAAUGUGCAGGUAUUGAAGGAAGCACUUGCUCCUUCAGUCUGCCUGCUUUGUCUCCUUCAGUUUGACCUGUAACAAUAGCUAACAGACUACUGUUACUUUAAAGCAAAUGUGUUUUAUUGAUUCUACCUUCUGAUCUCCAUUUCAAUCAUAAAACACUUCCCCAUUUUUCACUUCUGUAAAAAGCAUGGAGAUGUGGUCUGCAGAGGGUGGGAGGUACAGUGAUGUGUGAAACGUAACUGGGCUUAAACUGUCCCAAACCUGUGCCCUUGUAACUUCAGUACCUGGAUGUUUCAUGAGAGCUGGGGUGGUGCCCCCAGGGGCACUUGACCAGUGUUUGUGUGUUCCCUGGGGCUGACUGCUUCAUCAGUUUAAUUUGGUUUUUCUUGUAGCCACUGGGUAUGAUGCUGUUUUGGCUUAUUAAUCACUUUUACUUAGAGAGAUGUAGAAAGCUGUGUAUUUUUUUCACCCCUGUGUAGUUUUAUGCUUGGAAAUUGCAGUGAUCCUGUAAGAACUCCAUGUGAUGUGUACUUGCAAGUGGGUGGAAACAGGGUAAGAAAAAAUACUGAGAUGUUACACUUGUGUAAAUUGAUGGAACCAGAAGAAAGUGGCUGAGGAAGAAAGGCACUCCUUGUAGGUUGACUGGCUUAAGAACCCACUUAUGUUCUGACUGCUGCAAUCCUGUAGAAAGGACAAUUCUAAAUAAAUAUCUCCCUGUGGGAUUU